AAAUCAGUAGCAAGGCGAUUCUCCGUCGUCUCCCUCUCUCUCUCUCUCUCUCUCUUUCUCGCCCUGUUCCUGGUUCUUGCUACGACGAGCGGUACUCAAGUUUCUUGAAUGGCGUCGACGGAUAUGCAGAAAUCCAAUGAGUCAGAAAUCCACGAACCACUUUCUAAGAAAACCCUAGAGACAACCCCCAACUUAUCGUCUCUUACGGAACGUCUCGACGAAACCGCUAAUCCAUCUACUCAGCCUUCUAAUCCUGCAACGGAUCCUACCAAGAAGGAAGGAGAAGAACCGAAGGAAUUAGGGUCUGAGAAAACCGAAGCCACGAUGAGCUCUGCGGGUGCUGCCGCCGCUCCCGUAUCCGAUCUUGACAAAAAGAUGCGUCGUGCAGAGCGUUUCGGGGUGUCCGUGCAACUCUCUGAAGAAGAAAAGCGGAACUCUCGAGCUGAAAGGUUUGGCACUGGGCCCACCUCGCAUGGAUCAAAUGUGUCACAGAAAUCAGAGGAACAGAAGAGGAAGGCUAGGGCAGAGAGGUUUGGGCUUCCAUCAGAGUCUAUGGCUGAUGAGGAGUCAAAGAAGAAAGCUCGACAAGCCAGAUUUGCAACAGUUUCCAAGAUGGAUAAUUUAGAAGAAGAGAAAAAGAAGGCAAGAGCAAUGAGGUUUUCUCAACCUCCAUCUGGUGCUGCAUCACAAGUUAAUGGGAGGGCCAACUCUGAACAGAAGACGGAUAUUGUGGGUAAGGCCCAUGGAGGGACUUGACUUGGUGGCUUUAUAUAACAAUAUAAUCUUUCUAACAUUUUGUAAUUACACUGGAGGCUUCUAGCCCAUGUUUACUUUUUGCAUAUAUGGACUUGCAAAUGACUAAGGUAGCUGCUCAGCUAGUUCUCAUGUGUCUUUCUACAAGGACGGAGCAAUUUUCUGGCGGCAGGGAGAUCCUCUCUCUACGGUGAUAUGUUCUGGAUGUAUUUUUGUCAUGGGCACAUGGAAAAGCAUGGAGGAUAUAGUUUUCAAUUACUGGGAGACUGUUCCCAACAUGGCAGGCAUUUUAUCUGUUAACAACAAUUUAAGUUGUUUAAUCUGCAAAUAUUCCCUACUUUUCAACUCAGCUUAUCUUGUGGGAAAUAUGAAUCGCUGUUGCUAUUUUGGAGGAAACUGCAGAUAAUGGAGUUAUUAGUUUUAACUGGGUACUUUUUGGUUCA